UUCGCUAAGAAGGCGCUGGGCAGCUUCUGCCAACCUGUCGGAAUCUGCGCCAUGUUGCCCCGCAAGGACGGCGGCGUCAUCGACUCCGAUCUCCGCGUCUACAGAACGACCGGACUGCGUGUCGUCGAUAGCAACAUCACUCCUGCUCCCCCUUCGGCCUACAUCCAGGCCGCGACGUACGGCAUCGCCGAGGUCGCCGCCGCCAAGAUCAUCUCCGGUGCAUAG